CGCGAGGAGCGGAAGUGGCCGGCGCUGCGGCUCUCGGGGCCGGAGGUGCUUCAGGCAGUGAGAGACGUGUUGACUCCUUUUUCAUCCAGCCUCGGAGGAGAAGUCCUCGUUUCCUUCCCCGCGGGGUGAAGUCAGAGAGGUGGUCAGCUUAAAAGCACAGUGAGGAGCUUCAAGAGCUGGCUGGCAAAGGUUACCUACAUGCAGGAAUGCAAGGGCCAUCACUCCUUCCAGGACUCUGUUUUCUGCUGAGUUUGUCAGAAGUCAUGGCUCAGAUGACCAAAGCAGCUACCUGUCCACAGUGCCCCCAACACGCUUUCUGUGUCCACGGCACUUACUGUACCUGCGACUCUGGAUACGCUUCUGACUCUGGGAAGAAAUUCUUCACAUUCCCCCUUGAGACAUGCAAUGACAUUGAUGAAUGUAAACCACCCAUUAGCAUAUAUUGUGGACUUAACGCUGCAUGCCAGAAUGUCGAAGGAAGUUUCCACUGCCACUGUAAUCCUGGGUACAAACUCCUCUCUGGGGACACACAAUUCGAGAAUUCCAAUGCGAACACUUGUCAAAAAACCACUUCCUCAAAGACGACCAGAGACACGGAAGAGCUGCAACGUGUUGUUGAGAAAUUCGAGUCACUUCUCACUAAUGACACUCCAUGGGCAAUGGGAGAGAAGAGAGAAGUCGCAUCUUGGGCUACAACUCUUUUCCAGACUGUAGAAUCGAGCGUUCUAGAAACUGCCUUGAAAUCCCCAGAACAAAAAAUCCAGAAAAUUCACAACAGUACUGUGGCUAUUGAAACUCUAGUUGUUACAGACAAUUGCUCGGAAGAAGGAAAGGUCUUCAGCUUGAACACCUACAUGAACUCAGUGGACAUCCGUUGCAAUGACAUCGUGCAGGAAAACGUGAAAGGUCCCACCGCAAUUGCCUUUAUUUCAUACUCUUCUCUUGGAAACAUCAUAAACGCAACGUUCUUUGAAGAGGCAAAUGGCAAAGACCGAGUUUACCUGAACUCUCAGGUAGUGAGUGCCGCUAUUGGACCCGAAAGGAAUACAUCUCUCCCCAAGUCUGUGAUUCUGAGUUUUCAGCACGUGAAGAUGAAGCCCAGCAGUGAAAAGGCCGUCUGCGUCUACUGGAAAAGCACGAACGAGGGCGGCCAGUGGUCCAGCGACGGCUGUUUCCUGAUACAAGCGAACAAAAGUCACACCAUAUGCAACUCCACCCACCUGUCCAGUUUUGCUGUCCUUGUGGCCCUAACCCACCAGGAGGAGGAUCCCGUGCUGGCUGUGAUCACCUACGUGGGGCUGGGCCUCUCUCUGCUGUGCCUCCUCCUGGCAGCCCUCACCUUCCUCCUGUGCAAAGCCAUCCAGAACACCAGCACCUCGCUCCACCUGCAGCUCUCGAUCUGCCUCUUCCUGGCCCACCUGCUCUUCCUCACGGCCAUCGACCAGACCAAGAUCAAGCUGCUGUGCGCCAUCAUCGCGGGGGCCUUACACUAUCUCUACCUGGCCUCCUUCACCUGGAUGCUGUUGGACGGUCUACACCUCUUCCUCACGGCACGCAACCUGACGGUGGUCAACUACUCCAGUGUGAGCAGGCUCAUGAAGUGGCUCAUGUUCCCUGUGGGCUAUGGAGUCCCGGCUCUGAUCGUGGCCGUUUCUGCUGCAUCCAGACCUUCCCUUUAUGGAACACCCACCAGAUGCUGGCUCCACACAGACAAAGGAUUUGUAUGGACCUUCCUGGGCCCCGUCUGCACCAUCUUCUCCAUUAAUCUGGCCUUCUUUCUGAUGACCUUCUGGAUUGUGAGAAACAAGCUCUCCUCCCUCAACAGAGAUGUGUCCACCCUCCAGAACACCAGGAUGCUGACAUUCAAAGCGACGGCUCAGCUCCUCAUCCUGGGCUGCACGUGGUGUCUGGGCGUCCUGCAGGUGGGGCCAGCUGCCCGCGUCAUGGCUUACCUCUUCACCAUCAUCAACAGCCUGCAGGGAGCGUUCAUCUUCCUGGUGUACUGCCUCCUCAGCCAGCAGGUCCGAAAAUGGUUCAGAGAGAUCAUGAAAUCUAAACCUGAGUCUGAGACUUACACACUUUCCACCAGGUUUGGCACAAACUCAAGACCCAGUGAGGGGGGGAUGUUUUCCCAGAGCAACUGAAGAGAAAAUAUUCGAACUAGAACAUUCGACCCCACAUGGAAAGUCACAGCCACGGAUUUGGUUGGCAUCGUGAAGAACAGAGCUGGAGACCAGGGGGACCAUUACCUUUGACCUCCUUGGAGAGGAAAUGUUCAGCCUUUACUUCCUGAAGUGUUUGUUCUGCAUAACGGGCCCCCAGUAAAUGGGUGUUGCAUUGGGUUUCUCUUCGCUGUCAUGGGCUCAGCCAGUGCUUGUCGCUGGGGACCCCAAUCAUGACCAUUGCAAAUAAUCCCUGGACAUUUUGUAAACAAGGAAGGCCCCUUUAAAGGCCUUUCCUCAAAUUCUUACACGCA